AUGCGUUCCAAGUUCAAGGACGAGCAUCCCUUCGAGAAGCGCAAGGCAGAAGCCGAACGUAUUCGUCAGAAGUACGCCGACCGCAUUCCCGUCAUCUGUGAAAAGGUUGAGAAAUCCGACAUCGCUACCAUCGAUAAGAAGAAGUACCUCGUCCCCGCAGAUCUGACCGUCGGCCAAUUCGUCUAUGUCAUUCGCAAGCGCAUCAAGCUCAGCCCCGAGAAGGCCAUCUUCAUCUUCGUUGAUGAAGUCCUUCCUCCUACUGCUGCCCUUAUGAGCAGCAUCUACGAAGAGCACAAGGACGAAGACGGUUUCCUGUACAUCACAUACUCGGGCGAGAACACCUUCGGCGAAUACUAA